GCCCGCUGCUCUGUUGGAUUGCCUGAACGGGGGCAUUAGCGUCUCUCCCUUGAUUACCCGGAGCAAAGGGGGAGACUGGAUUCAAAGACAGUUUGAAAGAGAGCGCACGCAAUGGCAUCUAAGGAGUUAUCUGCCGCUGGAUUCUUUACCGUCAGCAGAGAAAUAACAGACAGCAUCAGAAAGGUCAUCGACAAGCCAUCAAUCAAGUUUGUGCGGGCUGUCAAGCUUGACACCAAGAGCGGCAAAUCAGAGGACAGAAUUCUGGUUCUGACAACAUGGAGACUUUACCUUUUGGCUGCCAAACUACCAACCAAGGUGGAACAGACAUUCAACUUCCUGGAGAUUCGGGGAAUGAAUGCUUACCCAGAGUAUCAGGUUGUCAUAGAGACGGACAAGGCCACCUACUCCCUCAGAUUGCAGUGCAUUGAUCACCUGGAUCAGCUCAUUGGCCACGUCAACUUUGCCCUCUCACAGAUUUUCAACAACUCCAUCUUUGCGCCCCCCAUCUGUCGGGUAGAUGGAGAACUCACAGAGGGGGGGCCCAAAUUCUCCCCCAACUCAGAGGCAUCCGUGGAGGCACAGAGAGCCUGCGGAGGCUUUUCAGAGACGUACGCAGCCUUGUGCGAUUACAAUGGCAUUGGUUGCAAAGAGGAAGUUCAGUGGGAUGUGGACACCAUCUACCACUCCCAGGACAACAGGGAGUUUAACCUGCUGGAUUUCAGUCACCUGGAAAGCAGGGAUCUUGCUGUGAUUGUGGCUUCAAUGGCUUACAACACAUGGUUCACCAAACUCUACUGCAAGGAUUUGCGCUUGGUGGUGGAGCAGGUUCUUCACACCGUCAGCAAGUCCAGUAGUCUGGAGGAGGUCACCCUGGAAAAUGCCGGCCUCAAAUCGGAUUUCCCUCAGAAGAUGGCCACGGCUCUGUGUGAGAACCCGGCGUCAGUGAUCCACUCCCUAAACCUGGCCCACAACACGCUGGACAGCCAGGGGGUUUCCAAUCUCAUCCAGCAAGUGUGCCGCCUCAACAAAGGUCUACGCCUGCUCAACCUCUCCAAGACCUCCCUCUCCUCUAAGGGUGUGAUGUCUCUCUCUCAGGCGCUCUGCUCCAGUGACGACUACUCCAACUCCCUCCUGCACCUGGACCUCAGCAAGAAUCCCGGGGUGCUGUCUGGCGAGGAUGCCACGAACCUUUACUUGUUCUUGGCCCAGCCAAACUGCCUGGUGCACUUGGAUCUCUCCGGGACAGACUGUGUGGUAGAUUCACUGUUCGGGGCAUUGCUAAGGGGAUGCUGUGCUGAUCUUUCCUAUCUGAACCUCUCGAGAAACUCAUUCUCUCACAGGAAAGUGAGAGAAACUCUGCCCUCCUUUCGUCAGUUCUUCAGUUCAGCUUUCAGCCUGACUCACAUCAGCCUCUCGUCGAUGAAGAUGCCUCCUGAUGUUCUAAGAGCACUGUUCCUGGGCCUGUCAUCCAACCCGCAUAUCACUGACUUGCACCUGGACAUCAGUGGCUGUGAGCUGAGGUCAGCAGGAGCGGAGGUGAUCCAGGACUUGUUCCCCAGAGUCUCCUGCAUCAGCACUCUGGACAUCUCUGACAAUGGGUUGGAUGCAGAUCUGCUGUCUGUUAUCCCCACAUUCUCCAGACAUCCCUCCCUCAAACACCUGCUACUUGGCAAGAACUUCAACCUUAAAAGCAGGGUUCUGGAUGAGAUCCUUCAGAAGCUUGUGUUACUCAUACAGGAAGAAGAGUGUGCUCUGCAGUCCUUGUCGCUGGCGGACUCGCGCCUGCGCUCCAGGGGCACAGUGCUGGUGAACGCCCUGGGCAGCAACGCCUGCCUCCGCAAGGUGGACCUGAGCGGCAACGGCCUGGAGGACGUCGGGGCCCGCAUGCUCAGCAAGGCCCUGCAGAUCAACACCACCCUCCGGAGUGUAACAUGGGACCGUAAUUACACCACUGCUACUGGAUUCCAGGAUGUUGCGCGAGCCUUGGAACACAACUUCACUAUCCAGUAUAUGCCACUUCCCCUCUGUGACAUUGCACAGGCGUACCGCAACGCCCCCGACAGGACGGAACAGGCACUGACCAAGAUCCAGAGAGCUCUGUUGAGGAAUAAUCAAACUCAGCGCUUCUCGCAGAAACAGGCCCUGCGUCUGCAUCAAGGUUUAGUGACCAGCACUGCAGAACAGGUGAUGGAGCGCCUGUGUGUGCGCGUGCAGCAACAGCUGUGUGUUCUGCGGGGCUCAGCCGAGGGGGAAGAGCUACAGGCGGCGAGGCAGGUUCUCAAGGAGGCCAGGAACUCACGAGCGCUGUACCCAUCCUUGUGUGAGCUGGCCCACGUGCUGUCAGUGGACGGACCGGUCAGGCAGAGGCUGGACGUGCUAGCUGGAGAGCUGGCCAAGGCAGCUGAUAAGGAACUACAGGUGAUCGUGGACUCCAUGGUGUCCCUGUGCCGUGAGCUGUGUCCACUCUCCGCCACCUCAGCCGAGCUGACCUCCCCUCCGCUCUCCUCCAUCUCAGAGCGCGUCUCCAUCCCUCGCUCUGUCAUCCGCACUGCCCUGAUGGAGAGAGCCGCGCAGGACAUCAACAGAGCCCUCGAGGAGGUUAAGCUUUCUGUCGUCUCCCAUCUCACCAACACCAUAGUGGAUCAGAUCCUGCAGGAGCUCUACUCCACUCACAAAACACUGCUGCAGCAGGUGUCCCAGGUGAGACGCCUUGAGGACAGGGGGACAGCCCGGCGAGCUCCGAGACACUCAGACACACUGGACAUCGCAGACGAGGACCUGGCCAUCGGCAUCGACACCAUCGCCAUCAAGAAGCGCAGCUCUCGCACCAGACGGAUCCGGCCGGUGUCCACCAGAUUGAGUCUAGGUGAUGACCCCUCCGCCUCCCCCAUCAUCUCUGCCCCUACUCCCUCCGCCCAUCUGCCCCGCUCGGCUUCCUGGGAGGGGCUCUCCACCUUGCCUACCCAGGGUGCACCUCUGCGCCACGUGACUCAUGUCAGACCUCGCCCCCCGCGGCGACACAGGACAGGCUACACCCCUCCAGACACACACUGUGCUGAAAACGGAGGAGUGAACCUGCUGGACGACGGCCUCCCUGACUUCUAUACCAAGAGGGUUCUGCCAGACAGUCAGCUGGCGUCGCACCAGGCCCAGGCGCUGAGGAAACAGAAGAGGCGGAGCGUCCUGUCCAUCUUCUCCGGUUUCCGUAAGAACCGCCACUCCACCAUUUCCUACCAGGAGGCGGAGUCUGCAGGACGGGCAGGGGCCUGUGGAGAGGAGUGCCGAACAAAUGUGUCCAGUGAGAAUGUGUACUCCACGGUGCAGUACCCUGGCGAGGGAGAUCAGGCCGUGGAGGUGAGCAGUGACCGCCCCCAGCGGCGGCUGGAGAGGCAGGGCUCCCAGAGGAGCACGCCCCAGGCAGCGCGGCCCCACCACGGCAUCGCCCUCCCAGGCCUCCUGGGCGGCCCAGCCUGCCUCUCACACAAACAGUCUUCAGACACAGAGAGUGACACGCACAGCUCUGUGGGGACGGGCGCUUACACAGACACGCAGAGCGCGGAGAGAGACACCUUCGACAGCGACGGGCCUCCGCUGGGCGUGGGACGAGGCGGCGGGCGCAUGCUGAGGGGCAGACAGCGAGCGUGGAUGGCGGAGAGGAGGAGGAGGAGGAGGACUACGAGGAUGUGGUCGUCUCACCCGGCGCUGAUAGAGAAGCGGACAGACACCACAAAGGGAGCGGAGGAAGAGCAGAAGCCUGAGGAGAAGAAGAAGAAAGAGGAGGAGGAGGAGAGGCAGAAGCCUGUGCCGCCACCUCAGAGCUGCAAGCCCAGCCUGGCCAGAAUGAGGCAGCGACACCUGCUGGACAGCUCUGAGCCUUCAAUAGAGGAGACCGGAGGAGAGGAGGAGGUUGGGGAGGAGAGGGAGGAGAGGAAUGGUGACGGCACACCGAAGGAUCAAAACAUCAAGGCGCAUUCUCCUGGAAAUGAAAAGUGGUCUCCUCAGGCAGGUAAAGAGCAGACAAUCACAGACAGGGGGUUACCUGAGCAUAGUCCCUCUGUCUCUCCCUCCAAAGAGAGAGCCAAUCCCAAGGCAGGACGGCCUCCCGUGCCUCCCGCCUCUUCAAAGCCUGUGCUUCAUCAUUCGUUUGACUCUGCUGUCAGUCAGGGUGAUGAAGAUGGCAGCAACUCCAACGGUGUACGGCUGAAGCCGUACCGUAACAGAAAAGCCAAUUCUUGUGACACAGGCGUGGGACACAACAGCCCCCGCGAUCUGGAGAAGUCCUCAGAUCGCAAGCCCCCAGUGAAAAAACCCCGACUACCCCCCAAAAGACACAAAUCUGUGGAUUUUCCCGGUCACACAGGCCCGGAGCCUGGCAACGGAGAGGCGUCAUGACAACGCCAGCCUAGGAGCCCGCCGGCCACAUUGGCAUGACAACCACUGGGGGAUUAUGAUGAUGAUGGCUAGAGGAAGGAAAGAAGAAAGAAGAGGGAAGUAAAUGUAGAGUGAGAAAUGGAGGAAUGAGAGCAGAGGAGACUGCUGGAGAGACCAUUUGGCUCUCUGUAAACAGCCCAAUAAAUGUAGCUACACGAUGUUCCAGUGGGAGCACUCAAACUCUCCAACUCUUAUUCAUCCUCCCCUGUCCAGUUCAGUCCAUUCUCUAUCUCGACCUCUCACACUCUCAGCCAGCUGAGCUAACACAGGGUCAGAGUCAGCUCUCCACUUACCACACCACUGUCUUAAAUCAGGCCUCUACUAAAGUACUGUUUUCUGUCUCUCUCUCUCUCUCUCUCUCUCUCUUUCUUUCUCUACCCCCUCUUGCUUGUCCCUUUUUUCUCUUAUGUCAGUAGACAAUCUUUUGACACUGAAACUACAAGCUUUGGUGUUUGCUUGUAGGUGAUCAUGAUCUGUAAAUAUGAAAUACAACAAUCACUUUUUGCACAAGUCAAAGUGAAGACCAUUGCUCUGCAUUUUAUGUUGAUUUUUACAUAUUGAUAAGUGUUGCAUAAGUUAUCAGGAAGCUGUUGUGUGAUGAUGUUCAUUUUGUUUUCAGUAUUAUUAUUAUGUUAUUUCAUGGUUGCUACUUGGUCAAAGAAACAUUAUAACAAUCAAAGUUGUGCAAGAACAAAAUGAGCUUUAUUUUUUAAAAAAUGUGAAUGUUACUUUGACUGAAUAAAGUUUGGGCCUUUAA